AUUUCUGACACACCCCUUGGCAGAAAAAUAUUUUCCUUUGAUUUUGUGUGUGAAAAUUUUGUAAAAACCUUUAAAAAUCGUGACACGCGCGCUUUUGCGGGCCGUAAUUGCGUGAAAAAUAAGAAAGACUAUACAUUACGUGCAAGGAGGCAUUAAUUUUUAAGGAGUGAUUGUGCUAAAACUAAGAAAAGAAUAAAAAUCAAAACAGUGCGACAUAACCCUACUUUUCUAAUGCAUAAACUUUCUAAAAAAUGCAAAUUAUUGCGAUAAAACGGUGUUUUUUCCACGAAACUAAACUAAAUCUGUGUCAGGGAGACUAUCUGGUGUAAUUGCCGGGAAGGAGUGUUGUGUGGAAUAGCUGCAAAUGAUGGAUUCAUCAUCUGGACAGCAUGUGGAGUCUGGGAUUCUCCGGAAGCGCGCAAAAUUCAUUCCGGAGGAUGAGCUUCUUGUAUUUGGAUACCAAUGCCGCCUGUUCCGAGACGACGAGAAAGCCCAAUUCAUUGACCAAGGAAAGCACCUCAUUCCCUGGAUGAACGAUAAUUCAAUUAAAAUUGACAGGUUAAUAAUGUUUCUUUCACACACUUUUGUCACUCUUCUAAUUAAUUGCCUUAAGGAAAAGUUAAAAUAUAUUUUAAUCAAUUGAACGAUAAAAUCUCUCCAAAAAAUGAUUAAAAGAAAAAGAAAAAAAGAGAAAGAACAUUUGUUUGAGAUUUCGCGUCAUAAUCAAAUGCGAAAUGCAAAGAAGAUUUGUAGCAGGAUUUUCACAUCAACGAUUUAGCCCAAAAUAAUCCCACCGGAUGAUCCGGGGAGUCGUCUCCAUCAACACGCAGGAUUUUUUGCCUUACCCGAUGCUUGUGUUGUGUUAUUGAUAAAUCCUCGCAGGUGUGGUACGAUGUGCGUGCAACGCUCAAUGAUUUGAAAAUGUACGAGCCCCCACCUGGCGGGUACACCAACCGUCUGGACUACCUCUCUCCGGCUGAGCAGAAGGCUGAGCAGCUUUGCGAAGAGGAACGCUACUACAGUCUCUACCACAACGAACGUGAAGAGGAAUACCAACAAGAAGAGGAACUCAAGAGAAUCCAAACGUCUUCAUAUGCUCAAGUGAAUUUUAGCUAUGACACCCCACCUUCAGCUGUACUUCCGGAAAAACAACCCAGCGUCGAGGAGGAGGAAGAGGAGACAUUCGAGCCAUUGCCUAAUUUCCCCAUUCCAGCGGAUAUUGAGUUGCCACCAACUGUGAAGUUGAAUGCAAUAAUUGAGAAGACAGCGAGAUUUAUCGCCAGCCAGGGGGCUCAGAUGGAGAUUCUCAUAAAGACGAAACAAGCGAAUAAUCCGCAAUUUGAAUUUUUAACACAAAAUGGUCGCUUUAAUGGAUACUACAAAUUCAUUUUGGCUGCAAUUAAGGAGAAUCGUUACCCGAGCCCCGAGACUGAGGCUAAAGCAACUGAUGAGAUUGGUGAGGAGGGUUCUGGGGAGCGUAGGGAUGUGCCAAAAGUGCCACAGGAGCAGUAUGGUGGGCAUGGGAGUCAGAAAAUCAUGCCUGUUAUCAAGUACAAACCAUCGGCCGAUUGUGCCUACACACAGCUCAUCAGUAAGAUUACUGGAGCUCCGCUUCCGGCUCAAAUGGAUGAAGAUCCCGAAGUGCCAGAUAUUGUGCCGCCAGAGCCAGUUGUCAGUAAGCCCAGCACGUCGAAUGGGAGCUCUGUUGUGAUUCAAAAACCACCCCAAUUGGCUGACAAUGAACGCGUGGAUUUCAAGAGGAAAGCCGAGAGUGUUGAAGUGAAGAAGAUUUCAACGGGACUCAUGUUGGCACAAUGCUACAAUUCGGAUUCGGAGGAGGAUGAGGAUAGCAAUAGUGGGAAUAGUUUGUUCAAAUUGGACCUUCCUGUUCCGCCAGAUGGGUUGCAGCACAUCAUUGACAAGACAGCGGCAUAUGUGGCGAAGAAUGGGAAGGAUUUUGAGGAUAUUCUACGCACAAAGCAAGAUCCACGAUUCUCCUUUUUGGACGAAUCUUCAGAAUACCAUCGAUACUAUAUUUACAAAGUUACGGGAUCAAUCUACCUCCCAUCGACGAGUGUCAGUAAUGGGGAUACACAGCCCAAGAAGGAAGAACCUGAGACAUCCCCAAAGGAUGAUGGUACAACGAAAAUUGUAACGCCUGUUUGCUUCUCAAUUAAAGCCAAAGAUGAUCCUCCGGUGCCCAUGAAGCCUGUCCUUCCACAAGAGCCGAGUAGUGAUGAGGAGGGUGCAGAGAAGAAUGGAAGUAAUCAGGUGCAGGAAGUGAAGGAAUCUAGCGUUGAGGAGAGAAGUGAUUCGGGUGAUACAAAUAGAGAUUUGGGUAUAAAUGUUGAGGAAAUUCUCGAGAUGGAGGAAAAGAAGGAGGCAAAGCGUGCAGAGGAGAAAGUACGAGACAAACUGGCGGCAGCAGCACGUGAGAAAUUGGGAUUGAUCUCCAAGGAGAAGCAGCUGCAGCUGGAGCGGAAGAAGAAGGCAAUGGCGUUCCUCACGCAAAUUAAGAGUUCUGGGGGACUUUUGAAACAACCACAACCAAAUGCCACAGUCACGGUGACGGUGCCUUUAACGACUGCCAAGCAGACAUCUUCAUCUGUGGAGAAUGGGCAGGAAGGGGAUUCCGAUACGGAUGUGUCAAUUCAUUCACUGCCCACAGCGACGGAUGUGCCGCACGAGAGGAGUCGCAGCAGAUCGAGGAGUAGCAGAAAACGACGCACACGGUCAAGAUCAAGGACACGCUCAACAUCGGGAUCGUCGUCACGAUCAUCACGUCGGCGUUCGGUGUCGGUGAAGAGGAAGAAGAAAAAAUCCAAACACGAGAGGAGUAAGAAGAAAUCCAAACGGAAAUCCCGCAGUAGAUCGUCAGAGAGGAAGCACAAAAAGAAAUCUUCCAGGAGACGGAGUGAGGAGAGGCACAGAUAGGGAGCAGGGGGGGAGUGAGCCGGAAUGUUGGAUUUGGUAAUUAAAUAGAAAGAAAAGAAAAAAAAAAGAACUUU